AUGAAACGUGCCCUUAAUAACGUUGUGGAAAUUGAGCAACAUCCUGCGGGAAAUAGUACCCUUCUGAGUUCUGAAAUAACUUGCAUCGCAGUAUCAUACUUUUUCAAAUCUUCAAUUGACAUGGCAGAAAGACAGUUUAAUGAGCCGCAGCAUGACGCACAAUUGCAGUCUCCUCCUGCAACAAAGGAGGACAUGAUCUCUUAUGUGGUAGCAUUGGAGGCUGCUUUGCUACCGUGCUUACCUGCGAGAGAACUCCAAGCAAUCGACCGUUCUCCCCAUCCUUCUCACCAGAUUGAUGUGGAGAGACAUGCUAGAGACUUUAUGGAGGCAGCCAAAAAGCUUCAGCUUUAUUUUAUUGGUUUACAACGCGAUGAUCAGCCCACCAGAGCAGAAACCCUUCACAAGGAGAUUGCUAUUAUGGAAGAAGAGUUAAAAUUAAAGACUGAGCUAAUUAAUAAGCAAGAGAGACUGAUCCAAGGAUGGAGGGAGGAGUUGAAAGAGCAACUGCACAAACACAAAACCGAGUUGGAAAGAGUGUAA